AUGAAUAAUGACCAGUUUCGUAAGCUCAUAGCUUCAAACGCACAAAAGAGCUCCGCCAGUAAAGAUGGCGCAUCCGCAUCAACCCCAGCUGGAAAUGCGCUUGGGUCAAGACAAAAAUCAAGCAUCCCAAUGACGCCACGCGCUGUAGCUGGAGCUCAAGCAGACUUUGCGCGACAACUUGCUGAGCGCAACAAUGCAGCUCGGCCCCAAAGGAAAUUCAAGUCUUACGAUCCCAAGGGCGUCAAACUUGCGACAGGCUAUACCGAUCGAUCGAAGGAACGCGACGAAGAUACAGAUGAUGAACGUGUACAGAAACUCAAGGAGCUCGAAAAGCAACUGAAAGAUGAGGAAAUCGACCAGGAGACAUUCGAAAAGCGACGUUUCGAGAUCGCAGGUGGAGAUUUAAGCAGCACCCAUCUGGUCAAGGGUCUCGAUUUUAAGCUUCUGAAACGAAUUCGAGAAGGAGAGGAUAUCUAUGGUAAGAAGAAAGAAGAGCCUGAAAAAGAGACCGAACCCGAACCCGAGCCGGAAAUCGACCUUGAUGAUGAAUUCGAACAACUGGAAGGCAAAGAAGUCGAGGCAGUUACCAAAGAAAAGGUUGAAACCAAGAAGAAAGGUCAAUUGUCGACUGUAUCUCUAGCACCCGGCAAAAAGCGAACACGCGACCAAAUAUUGGCAGAAUUAAAGGCGGCACGAGAAGCAGCCAAAGCACAACAGGCAAACGCACUUGGAGAUCGGUUCAAGAAGGUCGGAAUAAAGCAAAAGGCUGGGUCGCGAAUAGAGCGAGACCACAAAGGACGAGAAGUCUUGAUCAUUACAGACGAAGAUGGGCAUGAGAAGAGGAAGGUUCGCAAAGUCCAACCUGGCACCGAUGAAGAUGAGAGUGACCGGAACGGUCUCUUGAUGCCAGAUAAGGAUGCAAAGCCUCUUGGCAUGGACGUCCCAGAACAGUACAGGAAAACGGAAGAGGAGCCCGAAGAAGACGAGGAUAUGGACAUCUUUGAUGGCGUAGGGGAUGAUUACGAUCCCUUAGCUGGCAUGGAUGGUUCAGACUCAGAUUCAGAUGAGGAGGACGAAUCCAAGAAAGCGAAACAACAGAAAACCGACGAAGAGCCCACUGCAGACACUUCGAUGCCACCACCACCGAGACCGCAAGCACCUCGAAAUUAUUUCCAAGGUGCCAAAACUGGUCUUGUGUCAGAAGAAGAAAGGAACAAAGCGCCAUCCAUGUCUGAUCCUGCGAUUAUGGCAGCGUUCAAGCGCGCCGCGGCUCUUAACCCAAUUAAGACAGAGAGAGACGACGACGACGACGAUGAAGAUGGUGAGGCUCAGGGCGAAGAAGCACAGAAGAGGGCAAUGGAAGAGCGAAAGAAGAGACUUAUGCAAAUGGCAGACCGAGAUGACGAAGAUCUUGACAUGGGCUUCGGUACAAGUCGACUUGCUGAUGAGGAAGACUUUGACGAGCGUAGAGUCAAGCUCUCGAAGUGGGGCGGCAAAGACGAUGAUGACGACGAGGGACACUCAAAAGGUGGACCAAAAAGAAAGCGAGGAGCAAAGAAGCGAAAGGGCGAUGCUAAUAAUGCUGCCGAUGUGUUGCGUGUGAUGGAGGCGCGCAAGAAGACGACAUAG